UGAAUACUCAUUUGCACCACUUCCUAUGGCCUUAUCCUCGCUACUAUCCCCUUCACCAACUCAUGUUUCUUCAACCUCCACACAAUCUAUUCCCAAGCUUUACCACUACUGUCAUUCCAUCUCUUUUUCUUUCCAAAAUACUCCUAGUUUCACCUCCUUUCCAAGUCCGCAAAAUCAAAAAUGGCGGACCAGUGUUUCUUUCUUCCCUGCUUUCUUCAACAAGACCAAAGACCCUACACCCAUUAAACAAGAGCUUCUUGAGGCCAUUGCCCCUCUUGAUCGUGGCGCUGAAGCCACUCCUGAAGACCAGGAAAUAAUUGAUCAGAUUGCUCGCAAACUUGAAGCUUGUAAUCCAACAAAGGAGCCUCUCAAGUCAAAUUUUCUAAAUGGAAAAUGGGAACUUAUAUACACAACAUCCAAGUCAAUUUUACAAACUCAAAGACCCAAGAUUUUAAGAUCUAGAGUAAAUUACCAAGCAAUAAAUGGAGAUACACUUCGAGCUCAAAAUAUGGAAGGAUGGCCAUUUUUCAACCAAGUUACUGCAGAUUUGACCCCAUUGAAUUCAAGAAAAGUGGCAGUAAAGUUUGAUUAUUUCAAAAUUGGUGGGAUUAUACCUGUUAAAGCUCCAGGAAGAGCUCGAGGCGAGCUUGAAAUUACUUACUUGGAUGAAGAAUUGAGAGUAUCAAGAGGUGAUCUUGGCAACUUAUUCAUUUUGAAAAUGGUGGACCCUUCUUAUAGGGUCCCGACUUGAGAUUGAAUACUCGAUUCGGUUUCAAUUUAUGUGAAUUUAUUUGUCUGGAUACGAAGUUUAAGAAAAAAAUAAAGAUUUGUAAAACUUGUAGUCCUGAGCAAGCCAUAGCAUUUGUGUGGCUAUAAUUCUUUUGAAAGUUUAAAAAUGUCAGUAUUUGUAUGACUAUAUAAAAGUUUUUCA